UACAAGUAAACUAAACGCAUUGAAUUGACAGUUCUAAGACUUCUAAAUUAUCUUGUAUCUGUUGCAAAAUGAUGCUUCUAUUCGCUGAUUUGUUUAUUUAUUUAUUUAUAUACAUUUACUGACUAAAAUUCAUAUUUUCAUUCAAUGAGUUUUUAAUUUAUAAUCAUGUCUGCUCAAGACCAUAAUUUCUGCUGCGGCUGCCUCAGUGCGGAUCGAAAAAUGUUAGCAGUUGAAGACUUUUGGACUAAGCAGUGUUUUUUGCAAAUUUUACGAGAAAUUCCAGUAUAUAAACAAGAGGGGCAUGUACCAGAGUGGUUGUGUUGGGAGUGCGAGGCGCUGUUGCGGCGCUUCACGAAGUUUAAACAGCAAGUUGCACAUAGCUUUAAUAUAUUGCAGACAUAUGAGAUGCAGAAACUUGACAUGAAAUUUCCAUACCAGAAACCAAAAUUAACCAUUCACAAGCUCAACAACAUAAAUGUUCCUGAAAUCUCUCUAGAACCAGAGACAACAGAGAUAGAGUUACCAAUAACAAACGAAUAUGAUACCACUGACUUGCGGCAAGAUAUCAAACUCGAAACAGAUCAAAUCAAGUCCGAAAUUGAAUCACAUUCAGACAAUGAUGAUUUACUUAUAAAUUACGUACAGAAAAAGAAGAAGGUUAAAAAGAAGAGGAAAAAGCCGGAGGAAUUGUUUAGAGAGAUAGAACUGACAGAGACGGAGAUAGAAGAAGAGAGACGGGAGAUGGAGUUGAGCUUUGAGUAUGUGCAUGCCAUGUUCCGCUGCGAGAAGUGUAUAGUUUCCUUUCCUAAUGCGGAGAUGAUGAAAGAGCAUGAGGCUGUGAAACAUGAGUCGAACGCCGCACACCACAAAUGCGCAAUAUGCACGUGCACGUUCGUGUCCGAGAUCUCGUACAACUACCACGCGAACAAACAUAGGCGGCGCUAUGAGUGUUGCGUCUGCCAAGUGCGCACGCGCAGCAAGCGGGCUGCGCAGAAACACUAUACUACUACUCAUGGAAUAGAUGCAAGUCAAGAAAACGGUGAAACUGAGGGUGCCUCAAACGCUAAUACAAAUGGUGUGAAGUCAGAAGACACGUUCCCUUGCGAGCUGUGCGCGAAGACGUUCAAAUGGAAGACGUCACUCCGGAAACAUUUGGAGACGCAUCGCAUAGAGGCCGGGCAGAAGCGGCGCCCGUACUGCGAGCCCUGCAAAAUGUCGUUCACCACGACGUCCAACCUUCAGAAGCACGUGAAGACCAGCUCCAAACACCAGAUCCAGUUGAAACUUAGAAAGCUAGAAGACACUCUCCCAGAAGAGUCAACGACACCAGAGAAGCAGCGAGCGCAAAUAGAGCAAAUCAAAUGUUCAGUGGCGGCGGCGCGCCAGCUGUACCCCUGCGCGCACUGCGGGAAGCGCUUCCAGUGGCGCGGGAACCUGCUGCGCCACCUGCAGAGCCACACGGCGAGGUCAGUGGUUAAACAAAUAGAGCAAAUCAAAUGUUCAGUGGCGGCGGCGCGCCAGCUGUACCCCUGCGCGCACUGCGGGAAGCGCUUCCAGUGGCGCGGGAACCUGCUGCGCCACCUGCAGAGCCACACGGCGAGGUCAGUGGUUAAACAAAUAGAGCAAAUCAAAUGUUCAGUGGCGGCGGCGCGCCAGCUGUACCCCUGCGCGCACUGCGGGAAGCGCUUCCAGUGGCGCGGGAACCUGCUGCGCCACCUGCAGAGCCACACGGCGAGGGCAAACGGCGAGCUAGUGUGCACGCCGUGCAACCGGACGUUCUCGUCGGUAGCCACCUACAAGCAGCACAUGCGGUUGUCUCGAGCCCACGUCUCCGAACAGGACUUUCCACACGCGUGCGACGAGUGCGGGCGUCGCUUCGCCAACAAGACGCGGCUGCAGGACCACGUGGACUGGGACCACAGGAGACACUUCGCUCAUCACUGUACACAGUGCCAGAAGGUAUUCAAAAGCCACACAUCGCUGUAUCUGCACAAGCAGGUGGUCCAUAAGAAGGAGCAUGCCGAGCAUCUCUGCGACCAUUGCGGGAAGCCUUUCCCGAACCACGCGAAGCUCCGCAGCCAUAUAAUAGCGCUCCACACAUCGGAGUCUCCGUACAAAUGUACAUCUUGCGCCGCUCGCUUCAGCUGGCACUCGUGUCUAUCACGCCAUGUACGCAGAGUACACAAGCGCAAGUGAUGUUUCUACAACUGAGUGCAAGUUACAGUCUUACGCAAGUAUAUCUUGCGCGACUAGGUUACGCUAGCCCUCAUGUAUCUCAUGCCGUGUACGCAGAGUACACAAGCGCAAGUAAUGUCACUGCAGUCCGUGCAAGUGACGUCAGUGCGCAAGUCAGUACAAAUGUCACUGAAACACGCAAACUAAGCUCCGCAGCCACAUAAUAGGGCUCCACACAUCUGAGUCCCCCUUGUCACAUCUCUCUGCAGCUGACUGUACAUCAUGCGCGGCUCGCUUCAGCUGGCACUCAUAUCUAUCGUGCCAUGUACUCAGAGUACACAAGUGCAAGUAAUGUCACUAAUAGUCCAUGCAAGUGAUGCCACUAGGCAAGUCAAAGUGCAAUGUACUUGCGCGGCUCGAUUCAGCUAGCACUCCUGUCUCUCACGCCAUGUACGCAGAGUUCACAAACGCAAGUGAUGUCACUAAUAGUCCGGGCAAGUGACGCCACUACGCAAGUCAAAGUGCAAUGUACUUGCACGGCUCGCUUGAACUGGCACUCCUGUCUCACGCUAUGUACGCAGAGUACACAAGUGCAAGUGAUGUCAUUACAAUUGUGCAAGUCACGCAAGUCCGUGCAAGUGACGUCUCUAAACAAUUCACAGUACAAAUGUACCUCUUGUCCCCGUAUAUGUCAGAGUAUUGUAUAAGCGAUACUUACAUCGUUUGCCGAAAUGACAUUUGUUCGACUCCAUUUAUCCCAAAACCAUUGUGUCAAAGCGACUUCGUUAAUAUAAAUAAUGCUCUCGGAUAAAUGUAUAUUUUCGGGCAAAUGGGACUUCAGACACAAUUUUUUUAUAUUUAAACACCGUUUUACAAAGUUUAGUGUGCAUGUAUAGAUAUUUGUGAGCAACUUGGACGCUUCUUUAUCUGAUCUCGGAUGUCAACUCUACUACUUAUAGUAUUUUUUACAUAGCUGGGGUAUCGUGAUAGCUAUUCUCACAAUACAUAAUUUCAAUAUUUUGCGUUUAAUAUCUGGGAGACCGAGGUUUGCUCUGAGAACUCGAAAAUUCGCGUUUUCCCAGUGAUAAUACCUAGCUAGAUCGAUUUUUUGCCCCCGAAAACCCCCAUAUAGCAAAUUUCAUCGAAAUCGUUAGAGCCGUUUCCGAGAUCCCGAAAUAUACACAAGAAUUGCUCGUUCAAAGGUAUAAGAUAAAUUGAAUGGAUAUGACAGCUGUCACCGUACCCAAGCUAUGUGAAAAAUACUAUUCCCAUAACUUUGUAUCUUUAGGUAUUUAAAUAAAAGUAAACAAACAAUUUGUACAUUUUCGGGUAGUUAUAACACUUUAUUGGUUAACCGACAAAAUACACAACCGCCUGGAUCUGUCACUGACCUGACUUUAACCUACAUUAUUUGAUCAUGUAAUGUUUUCAUCUACCCUCAACUGGCUUAAGCAGCCAUUUGAGGGUAGAAUUUGUUUACUUUUAUUUAAAUACCUAAAGAUACAGAGUAUAAAUAUAACACAUAAUUAACCAUGGUCAGUAUUAUUUAUUAAACAUUUUUAAAUCAUUAUAUGCCUAGUAUGUAAGUAUGCUUUUAGCUUUAAAUAUACAUAAGAAAUAAAAAAAAACCUCAAUAUAUUAGAUACGUAUAUUAGAUAUGAGUUUGAGUAAGUAUAGCGACGAAUAUGCUAAAUAAGGAUUUACCAAUUAGGUUAAUUAUUUUAAUACAAACUUGAAAUAAAAGAUUUUGUGA